CACCAGAAGUGGAGAUUGGAUUCUAGGGAGGGAGCAAAUGACGGAAUCAUCAGCAGCGCAGGGGACGAUUACCCUCUUUACUCCAUACGAGAUGGGGAAAUUCAAACUCUCUCACAGGAUAGUGCUUGCACCGAUGACGCGAUGCAGAGCUUUGAAUGGGAUACCGCAGGCGGCCAACGUUGAGUAUUACAAGCAGAGAGCCACUUCCGGUGGAUUUCUCAUCAGUGAGGGCACCAUCAUCUCCCCUACAGCAGCUGGGUUUCCACAUGUCCCAGGGAUCUACACGGAUGGGCAAACCGAAGCAUGGAAGAAGGUGGUGGAUGCCGUUCACGCCAAAGGUAGCCUCUUCUUCUGUCAGCUCUGGCACGUCGGCCGUGCUUCCCAUCAAGUGUAUCAACCGGGUGGGACAGGUUCUCCGAUUUCGUCGACAAGUAAACCCAUCUCAGGGAGGUGGAGAAUCCUGAUGCCUGACGGAAGCUAUGGCAAAUACCCAAACCCACAUGCCCUCACCACCACCGAAAUCCCAGAGGUGGUGGCACACUAUCGCCAGGCCGCCUUGAACGCUAUUCGAGCCGGGUUUGAUGGAAUUGAGAUUCACGGCGCCCAUGGCUACCUCAUCGACCAAUUCCUCAAGGACGGAAUCAACGAUCGCACCGACCACUACGGUGGCUCCACCUCCAACCGCUGCAAAUUCUUAAUGCAGGUGGUCCAAGCCGUCGUCUCAGCCAUUGGCCCAGACAAGGUUGGAGUCCGGAUCUCUCCCGCCAUCGACCACCUUGAAGCCACUGAUUCUGAUCCCUUCAGCUUGGGACUUGUCGUGAUCGAAAAGCUAAACCAGCUCCAGCGUGAGAUGGGCAAGUUGACCUACCUGCACGUUACCCAACCACGAUACACGGCUUACGGCCAGACUGAAUCAGGGCAGCAUGGAAGUGCAGAAGAGGAAGCGAGGAUGAUGAAGGCUUGGAGAAAGGCUUACGAUGGUACCUUCAUAUGCAGCGGUGGCUACACCAGAGAGCUUGGGAUGGAAGCCAUGGCCCAUGGGGACGCAGAUCUGGUGUCCUAUGGUCGUCUCUUCAUUUCGAACCCGGAUCUCGUGACUCGGUUCCGACUCAAUGCACCCUUAACUAGGUACGUUAGGGCUACUUUUUAUACCCAAGAUCCUGUUGUUGGGUACACAGAUUACCCAUUCCUGGACCCUAAACCCGCACCACCUUCUUCCCGCCUAUAAAACUAAUCUAAUCUG